UAGGUUGCGGACGCACGCACCGCGUCUGUUUACGAAGGUACGGAUUGACCCCUACAUGUCCGAAUAUAGCGUUAAUCGUCCAGCUUGAGCUAAAAGUAAGAAUGGCGUUUUUGUAAAUACCGACGCGAUUUUUUAUGUCGGUGUGUGUUUACGUUUGAAUGCACGUGUGUUUACCGUAAGAUGACGUGGUUAAUCUCCGCUGCGGAGACGCGCCAGUGAGCUAUGCUCUUUCUAACCUUCCGAGGAGGCACUUUGACAACACAAAAGGUAUGGGGUUGGACUAGCACUCAAAGGUCCAUGAUAUCGACCUUGGCCAGGGCACGUGGUGGUGCAAGUCGCCUGCAGCCCUGCUGGGCCUCGCCAGCCAGGUUGUCCUCGAACCACAAUGCCGCCACCGGUUUACCAAGAAACCAGAUCCCUGCUGUCACUGGUCUAGUGAACACUACAUCUUUCCAGUGGUCCCAGACUCGUUUUAUUGGUGGUUUACCGAAGAUCCAGCCUUUCCACACAUCUGCAGUAUGCCUAAAGAAGCGGCCAAAGCCAGAGCCGCCUCCCAGAGAGCUGGAUCUGCUGCGCUAUGACAUGAAAGACUUGUGGAAGAGCCCCAAACCGGCCUUGUACCUUGGAUUCGCUAGGCUUAUCCCCUUUGUCGCCCUUCCUCUGUUUAUGGCUGCGACUGAGACCUACUUCCCAGAAUUGGCCUAUGCCCAGGUAGCAUAUGGCGCCGCCAUUGUUUCCUUCCUGGGAGGAGCACGCUGGGGAUUUGCGCUUCCUGAGAGCAGCCCAGCCAAACCUGAUUGGCUGAACCUGGCCAACAGCGUGGUUCCACCUCUGUUGGCCUGGGCGGCCAUAUUGCUCAGUGACAGUAUCAUUUCAGGAAUCACUAUGGUUAUUAUGUCGUUUGGGAUCUCCCUGCACUAUGACCUGUCUCUGCUGCCCACCUACCCCAGCUGGUUCAAAGCCCUGCACACCGUACUCACUGCCGUGGCAUGUUUAUCACUGUUAUCCACGCUUUUCGUGAGCCAAGUCUACCCAGAGAAGAUGAUUUUUUCAGAGUGAUAAAUUUAGUUGUACAAUAAAGAUGACAUUUAAAACUAAAAGGUGGAAAGUGGUGGGGUCUUUUGUAAAUUCUGACUUUUCCUUUUGUAAGUUUUUUUUAAAAUUAUUUCAACUCAGUUAUUUCUUUUGCUCCCAUGUCCCCAUUAUGUUUUAAUCACGUCUCAUUUUAGUCAUCUGCAUGUUUUUGUUGAGUUGUUCGUAUGUAUGAGAAUAAUAAAAUUGAUGCGG